GCAUCGCAGAGGGCAAGAUUUCCUCGCCAAAGCCAUCAGAGACCCCAGAUAUUGUCAAAGGCUCCCGCACGAAUGCAAUCGAAAUCACGCAGAACUACAUCCGCGAUUCCACCGAUGGCAAGAACAGAAACAUCGCCGAUAACAAGUUUCCGAUCCUCGGCACGUCCGGCAUGAAGGGCAUCGGCAAAACGACGAUGCUCAAAUACGGACUCGCCAAGGUGUUGCCAGACCUGAAGAUGUCGGCGAAGGGCGCAUACCUCACCUUCAAUGGUGGGAGUGCGGAAAGUGCGAACGUUUUUUGGAAAUCGCAGACACAGCAACACACUGCUCUUGAUAGCGUUGGGCAUGUUCUCAUGGCAAACCUGAAGGUGGAUGCCCAGCAGUAUUCCCUUCUGGACUUUGGGCAAUGCCUGAACCUCUUUCGCAAGGCGCUCGACAUGUCUGAGGGGGAGUCGUUGGCUUUGCCCAUCGACACUUGGAAGCAGAAGAAGGACUGGAAAGAGGCGGCUCGAGAGCAUGCAGGCAUUCACCAACUCCUUCUUCAAUGCUGUGGUCAUCCAAGGUCGCUGUGUGACGGUCUCGAUGAAGCGAAGAAGCAGAACCUCAGGUUGCUCUCAGAUCCGACAGAAGAAGCACUGAUUGAGGCACGACAACACAUCAUUCGCGAAUGCAAGUUCAAUUCUGAAACAGAUUUUCGGCUGAACAAGGACAUUCCUGGAUGGUUCAAUCUCGUCACGGAAGACAACUUGAAGCCAGAGCUUCGUCGUGAUGGUUUGCUGUUGAUGUUGCCAUAUGACAAGGACACUGAGUUUUUCCCGCCGCUGGUCUUGCGGGACUGGGCUAGACGAAAUGCAAAUGAUCGCAGUCUAGUUUAUCACCUCCAACAGGCUUACGCCGCUGACGCAGUGCUUGGUCUAGACGCCGAGAAGAAGAUGGAGCCAUUGAUGUAUCACUACGAAGCCGUGUUGAGGAAGGCAUCGGAAGGGAAGACCUUCACACUCAAGCAGUUCUACAAAAGCAAGCAUGUCAGCGACCAGCUGGUGGCUUCGGCGGUGAAGGCAAAAGUCCCUCCGCAAGACACACUGGUCGAGUUUGUCAAGGACUUCUCCGACCACACGAGAGUGCUGGGCUUGCUUCAAACUGGUUUCAUCGUGGUCUCAGAAUUCCACAGUGAGUAUGCCCUCGAGUAUUUGUCGCCCUUCCGC